AUGAGUUUAUUUAAUCGUAAAUAUAUUGCACCACCAUCAUCACCAAUCAUAUCCAAUACUACUAGAAUUAGGUCUGCAUCUUUAGCAACUAAUUCUACAUAUGGACGAGGAUUUUUUGAACCAGGUGCUUAUUCUAUUGUUUUAAAACGAUGUGAAAAUGGACAUGAUCUAGCUCAACAACUUGCUGAUAUGUUUGAUGAACGAGCACAAAUUGAAUUAGCUUAUGCAAAUCAAUCACGUCAUUGGUCAUAUAAAUGGCGUAAUGAACUAUCAAAAUCUCAAGAAUAUGGAACAAAUAAAAAAGUUUGGGAUCAACUUGCAACAACUGGUGAACCAAUGGCUUAUGUUCAUUCAACUUUAUCGGCAUCAUUAAGUGAAUCAUUGAUACCAAAUCUUCGACAAUGGCGUAAGGAACAUUAUGAAAGAUAUUUAUUACAUUAUAAAAAAACAAAAGAAUUUGAACGAGAUUUUCUUGAUGCACAAAAAUCUUGGAAUAAAUUAUUAGAUAAAAUAUCUGAAUGUAAAUCAAUGUAUUAUUCAGCAUGUAAAGCAUCUAAAUUAGCUAGUGAAGCUGAAAAUAAAUCAAUUUAUUAUUUAGCAUGUAAAUCAUCUAAAUUAGUUGAUGAUGCUGAAAGUAAAUCAUCAGGUGAACAACGAAAAAAAUUAGCCGAUAAAGCUGAUACAGCAAGACGUGAAAUUGUUUUUACUAGAACAAAAUAUCAACAAGCGAUUAAUGAAGCUCGAGAACAACGACCAAAUUAUGAAUCAACAAUGAAAACUAUUUUUGAACGUACACAAGCUUUUGAAAAAAGACGAUUAGAUUUCUUUAAAGAAACAUACGAUGAAUAUGCAAAAAUAUUAGAAAUAGCAACAAUAGAUAAUUCAAUUUUGAAAACAAUGAAUGCAAAUUUUAAAGCUUCUCUAUUAGUACAUGAUUCUUUACAAGAUUUAAUAUGGUGGGAUCAAAAUUAUGGUACUCAAACAAAUAGUAGAUGGCCAGAGUAUGAAGAAUAUAUUGAUUAA